UUCUGCAACAGUUUUCUGAAAGCACUACAUGUACCACUUGUAUCCACGAAGGAGCUCGACCACGGUCUUAGUAAUUCUUGGCUCUUCCAGAUGAGUUCUUCGAGUUAGAGGUCUCACCCUUCUUCUCUGAAGGUGGUCUUCAUCCGAGGAUGGUGCCGUUGCGGGAAAACUUCUGGCUGUUCCUGGUAAUUGGAAUGGUGCUGGUCUCACUGGUCAUAGGCCUUAUAUUUCUCCUCAUCAACAAGUGCAUCUCCAAGAGAGCAGCUCAAUACAAAAAUACUUUCCAAAAUUCAAAACCUCAAUUUUAUACCCAGAACAGCCAAUACCAUCCAAAACAUCUUGAAGAACAACUGCCUCCCCUUCCACCAAGGAAUAUUGCUGCCCCAUCAUCCCCUGCUUCUGCCAGCUAUGAAGACAUUUCAAGCGUGCCAGACUACAUAAAAGUGGACGAGAAGACACCACCGCCCCCAUACAAGCAGAAAGAGACUCCACAGUCCAUGACUACAUCCCUGGCCCACGAUACCACCUCUAUGGAUUCGUACGAUGAUGUGAUUUCACCCGCAUAUGAAAGCGAAGACUACGAUGAUGUGGUAUAAGCUUGCAAGCUUCCGAUGCAGAAAAGCAGGGCUCGGACCUCGCAAGGAUGGACGAAGUCUGGUCCUUUAGACACAGUCCACUGCUUAAUCAAUUCAGUACCACUCCCUCAGCACUUAAAAGCAUUUUAACUUUUUCCUCGUACACAGUCAUAAAACCAUAUGCUUAGAUAUUACUAUAACUUCAGAGUCUCAUUUUCCUGUAUUGGAUAUUUUGUUAAGUGUUGGUGAACCUCAUCACAUCCCUCAGUUAUAUUUAAUACA